AUGUACUUCACUCUCUACUUCCUCGUCACCCGCCUCCCUGACACUCUUCGCUCAGUCAGGGACCACUUUCUCGCCCUAGACCCUACCACUCUUACUGUUGCCGACUUCGAGAAGCACCUCCUAGCAGCCGAAAAGAACAUUCUCGCUGUAGGUGCUGCUCGUGGCACUCCUCGCACUCCCCUCUUUGAGGGGUGCUCCCCCUCCCCUCUUGCCCCCUCCUACGCCUCUGCUGCUGCUGCUGCUGCUGCUGUCCACUUCCUUCGUGCUGAGGAGGUCGGGGCUGCUUCCGCUCCUAGUGGGAAGCGCAGUGGCGCCAAGGGCAGCAGGGGUGGCAGGGGAGGUGGAGGUGGCGGUGGAGGGGGCGGUGGUGGAGGCGGCGGGGGAGGUGGAGGUGGUGGGGGUGGUCGUGGGGGUGGAGGUGGUGGUGGGGGCGGCGGUGGUACCGGGAGCAGUGGCGGUGGCAGCGGCGGUAGUGGGGGAGGAGGGAGCGGUGGUGGCAGCGGUGGUGGGGGCUGGAGUGGAACCGGCCAGAAGGGGGGCUCCAGUGGUGGCCGGGGGCAGCAGCAGCAGCAGCCGCAGCAGCAGCAACAGCAGCAGCCGCAGCAGCAGCAGCAGCAACGUCAGCGCCAGACCCCCACACCUACUUAG